AGGGAACAAUCAGUCAGUGGGGCCAGGGAGCCACCUCAAACCAUAUCGGGUUACUUUGAAUGACAGCGUAACCAUGGCAAAUAAUUUGACUAAAACUAUUGUCUUAUCCUCACCAUCCCCGGGUCAGAUAACCAACCAAUCACAGUUCACAUAAUCGCUUUUCUUGCCAGCUUAGAAUAAUAUUAUUAAAACAAGCGAGCGAGCCUGGUCUUCAGGAGUAGGUUAUGUUGAAACGACGUAGAAAAGGUGGAGAACGACUGUGGAAGGAGUAAACACUUUCUCUCCGUGUACCUUGAGGGGAAUGCUGUGCAUUUUGUACUGCUAUUCAUAAACGGGACUUUCGACUUUAGUUUUUCCAUUUCGAUUGGAUUUUAUCUUCGUCAUUUUUGAUACAGACUACUUUUGGAGACUUUCAUGAUCGUUUGUGGACUUACAGUGUCAGUUACUUGCUUUAAUGUCUUAGCCAUCAAAGGGGACGUGUAAGUAGAGCAAAACAUACCUGUUUAUUAACUUGCAACCAUGUCUAUGCUUCCAACUUUUGGCUUUACGCAAGAGCAAGUUGCUUGCGUCUGCGAGGUCCUCCAACAGGGUGGAAACAUUGAACGGCUCGGGCGCUUUUUGUGGUCUUUACCCGCGUGUGAGCAUCUCCACAAAAAUGAAAGUGUUCUCAAAGCUAAAGCUGUGGUCGCAUUCCACAGAGGAAAUUUCAGAGAGCUUUAUAAGAUCCUUGAGAGCCACCAAUUUUCCCCUCACAACCAUCCGAAGCUGCAGCAGCUGUGGCUCAAAGCGCACUACGUCGAGGCGGAGAAGCUCCGAGGCCGCCCUCUCGGGGCUGUGGGAAAGUACCGCGUCCGCAGAAAGUUCCCCCUGCCUCGGUCAAUCUGGGACGGCGAGGAGACAAGUUACUGUUUCAAAGAGAAGAGCCGGAGCGUACUCAGAGAAUGGUACACGCAUAACCCCUACCCUUCCCCGCGAGAGAAGAGGGAGCUCGCCGAAGGCACCGGGUUGACAACCACACAAGUCAGUAACUGGUUCAAAAACAGACGGCAAAGAGACCGCGCCGCAGAAGCUAAGGAAAGGUACGAGGAAAACAAUGAAAACUCCAACACCAACAGCCACAACCCAUUGACUUCUUCCAUGAAUGGAAAUAAAACACUUUUGGGGAGCUCAGACGACGACAAAACGCCUUCAGGGACUCCGGAUAACACCUCGUCGACUCCGGCUAUGCUCCUCGCUUCAAACUCGGGGCUGCAGAUGCACGGCCUAGCGCCUCCGCCCGGGCCUAGCGCCAUGCCAGUGUCCAGCCAUGACUCUGUGCACCAUCAUCACUCUUUGCACGACACUAUACUGAACCCUAUGUCGUCCAACCUGGUCGACCUCGGCUCUUAAACACGAGACCCUGAUUGGAAAGGGACUUUCUGAGUGUACAUGGAUGUUUGAGAAAAGCUUCAGACACUUGAGGCGAGGUGCAAAGGCGAAAGGACAGAGUCAGGAAAAUGUGGCUCACACGGUGAGGUGAGAUGGUAGGCGUUUAGCUGAAAGGUAUUUUACCGGAAUGUAAUAACAUGUUAUAUUGUUGAAAACAAUAACAAUAAAAUGUCUUAAUUCUUGUUA